GGCUAGCGGGGACGUUAAGGGAAUGUGCAGACUGGUGUGCGAGGCUCAUUCAUUCUCCGUAACGCUCUUUGCAUUUAGAGAUCUCCAAGUAGCAGAGGGAAGGUCUUUAACCAGAUAAAGUGGUGGGAUUCUGGUACGUCACGAUGGCAAAUAAGCUGCAGCCCAAUAAGCGGAGAGCUGGAGAUCCAUCAGCCUGAGAGCUGUGCGUGUCUGCAUGUGAUAUAAGUGUGCUGUAAGCGAGGACCAGCAAGGAAACAGAUGCUGCACUGAGCGCAGGGGACAUCUGUUGCUAUUGUGAUUGGCAGUGAUGCUGUAGUCAUCCUUCGUUCAGUUAUGAAGAUCGAUACCAGAGCGAGCCUGCACAGUUCUGACUUUUCUUCUUCUUCUAUGUCUGGAAUAACCACUUAAUUAUCCCAUGCCUUUUCCAUGCUUUUCAUUAGGGGACAGAGCUGGUCAGACAUGGUUUCCCAUCUCCUGUGGCUAAUUUUGCUGGGCUUUUCCAGCAUGCCGACGCCAUCGGAAAGUUUAAACUUCAACAACAGCCUAAAGGCGUCUAUCCAGCUUGCCAACAGCAGCUCCUUGUUCAGUUGGAAUAACUACAGCCUGGCCGAUUGGCAGAACUUCAUAGAGAAUAGGCGUUAUGGGACGGAAUCCCAGAACCCCAUGGUGAAAGCCCUUUUAAUCGUGGCGUAUUCCUUCAUCAUUGUCUUUUCGCUUUUCGGGAAUGUCCUGGUGUGUCAUGUGGUCAUCAAAAACAAAAGGAUGCAUUCGGCGACCAGUUUGUUCAUCGUCAACCUAGCCGUGGCAGAUAUUUUGAUUACACUAUUGAACACGCCGUUUACGCUGGCUCGCUUUGUGAACAGUACCUGGAUGUUCGGGAAAGGCAUGUGUCAUGUGAGCCGCUUUGCACAGUAUUGCUCCCUGCACGUUUCUGCGCUUACCCUGACAGCAAUCGCAGUGGACAGGCACCAGGUUAUCAUGCAUCCGUUAAAGCCACGGAUAUCAACUGUUAGAGGGGUGGCCUAUAUUGCCAUAAUUUGGAUAAUGGCUUCCUGUUUCUCUCUGCCGCACGCCAUUUACCAAACACUCUUCACCUUUGAAUACAGUGAGGUGGAUAUCAGAAGUCUAUGUCUCCCUGAAUUCCCUGAACCAUCUGAGCUGUUCUGGAAAUACCUGGAUCUGGCCACUUUCAUCCUACUCUACGUUCUCCCGCUCCUGAUCAUCUCUGUGGCCUACACCACAGUGGCAAAAAAGCUGUGGCUUCGGAAUGCCAUAGGAGAUGUGACUACCGAGCAGUAUUUUGCUCUCCGGAGGAAAAAAAAGAAGACUAUUAAGAUGCUGAUGCUGGUGGUGGUCCUCUUUGCUGUGUGCUGGUUCCCCCUUAACUGUUAUGUUGUCCUUCUCUCCAGCCAAAUCAUUCGCACUAACAACGCUCUUUAUUUUGCAUUUCACUGGUUUGCCAUGAGUAGCACCUGCUACAACCCAUUUAUAUACUGUUGGCUUAAUGACAACUUCCGUUCGGAGUUAAAAGCAUUGCUUAACAUGUGCAAAAAACAGACUAGCCAGCGGGAGGACAUGCUUCCUUCUAACAUCCCUUCAUAUAGGGUGGCUUGGCCUGAAAACCGAAGCUUCAAGAGGUCUCUAGUUUCUCACACCCUGCCAUCGUCCUCUAACAUACAGUCUGGAAAGACAGAUAUCUCAGCAGUGGAGCCCAUUGUGUCAAUUGGGUGACCAUACAUGAUCUUCAAAAGGCCUAGAUGUUUUCUCCAAGGUGAAGGACUUUUUAUUAUGCUUACAUGAGCUGUCAGUUCACCCAUUGGUGCACAGAAAACAGAACUUUUCAAUAUAUAUGGCAUUUGUGUUUAUGAAUGUAUUCCACGGCAGGAUCAUACCUCUCUGUAAUGGAUCCUGCUGUGUAUGUUGGCUUAUCAAACAAGCUGUUCUAAAAGCCUUGCUGUGUUGUGCCAAAGUCAGGAAUAUCUGUUAAUCAAUCGGUUUACUGUUUAGUGCUCAGAUAGGCUUCUCCCACCAAUAUGGUAUUAAUUAAUUUUAAAUGUUCCACAAUGGAACUUAUGGAAAUGAGGAGUGGUAUUAUGAGACCUGACAUUUACUGAGAUUAUUGGAGAUCUAUCUGUACUGUGUGUUUCCCACAUCCCAAGGGAAACACUGCUGCUAUAUCUAAUCACUUUGUAAACAGCAUAUUUGCUUCAUGUACAAUGUGGUUUAGCUGUUUUGCUCUGGAAACAUCUUUUGUAUAAUGUCAUGUGAAAAUAAGGACAAACAUAAUUGAAAUCAAGACAUUGACAAAGAGAAAGGCUGUUAAUAAAUAAAGUGAAUCCCUUCAUUGA